GACGCUGAGCAAGGAUCGGAUAAAGACGCGUUCUGUGGCAUCUGCCAAAACUCCCGACCACUCCGUUCACAAUUGUCAACGGAGAGACAGUAGCCCGCAAACAGCCGACACCUGACAGGCAACAGAAGGGCUAAAGCAAGAGGCAACAUAAUACAUUUUGCCAUAAAAUGCUAAAACAGUCUUUUUUGGGAUAAAAACAGCAUUCAAAGAUAAGCGUCGUAUAGGCAGUAAAACAAGGACGAACGCGGGUGCUGAAGCUCAACUGCGACUAGGGAGGUGUUGACGGGAAUACUCAAAAGAUCAAAUUUGUCUGUGAUGAGAAUCGCCAUCCACCAGAGACCUAAGGCAGAGGAAGUGAUGUCAGGUCACCACAACCGCUUCGAGAGGGAGUACCGCGGGACGCCGUGGGAGAGGCGGGACAUCGUCCGUCCAGCCGGCCUCCUCAAUGGAGCAGGAGCCAAUAACAGCUGCUCCGCCACUGUCGGCAACGGAAACAACCGUCCGGGACUCCUCCCACUGCCCAUCAUCCCCUCCCUCCUGCCCACCCCGGUUAUGGUUGCUGUGACGACAUCGAGUGGUGGUGACAUGGUCGUCAAGCGUCAAGGAGGGGUCACGAUCACUACCGCUGGUUCUGCCAAGGUGUCAGGUGGGUCUCCAGGGGAGAGGGAGAGCCAGGCUCCAGGUCUGCUGUUAGCUCCAGGGGUGAAGUGGGGACAGAUGCCCAUCAACCAGCUCACACCCUGGGAGACGGAAGAACCCCCUGCCAAACAACAGCACAGAGACAGCGAACCCACAGGUCCUACGUGGGUACCUCCAGUAGCAGCAGUGACCCAAUCCAGUCUCCUCCCCCACUCCUACUCCCUCCAGCCCCCCUCCUUCAGCCACAGUGUCACUGUCCAGUCGCCCAUCAUCGGUGUGACCCCCUCCAUCCAAUCCCCCAUGCCCCCCCACCCCCACCCACUCAUGACAGCCCACUUCCAGCUACCCCCGCACACCACCUCCCACCAACCCCCCCCCAUGGUUCUCAACAUGUCCUCCCAGCCACCCUACCCCUCGGCCCAGCCCCCUGUCGCCUCCUUGCCCCUUUCCACCUCCUCAGGUUGUCUGGGCGGGACGCACCCCAACCAACACAACCACAAUUUGAUGGGGAACGGUCAUCUGACGCCUCACCCCCUCAUACAGCCCCCCGUCCUGCCUCUGACCAAUGGGCAGUUGGUGCCGCCUCUUCCGUCUACUCUAGUAGCCUAUCAGGACGAUCCUAGAGGGCCCAACGGGCUGCAGAUGCUGAGGACUGUGGGAAUGGGGAAGUACGAGUUCACAGACCCAGGACAUCCUAAAGAGAUGUUGAAGGAGUUGAACCAACAGCGCAGAACGAAAGAGUUUACAGACCUGAAAAUAAUUGUUGAAGGCAAAGAGUUUGAAGUCCACCAAAAUGUUCUAGCUUCCUGCAGCCUUUAUUUCAAGGACCUGGUGAAAAGGUCAUCUGGGGAGACCAGGAGUGGAGAAAAGCUAGAGCUGCAGAUGAGCAACAUUGGAGCUGACGUGUUGGAGCUGCUGCUGGAGUUUGUCUACACAGGUUCUCUGGUUAUAGACUCCGCUAACGCCAGGACACUGCUAGAGGCUGCCAACAAGUUCCAAUUCAACACCUUCUGCAAAGUCUGUGUGUCCUUCCUAGAGAAACAGCUAACAGUGGGGAACUGUCUAGGUGUGCUGGCCAUGGCUGAAGCUAUGAGAUGUACAGAGCUCCACAACAUGGCCAAAGCCUUCGCGCUGCAGAACUUCCCAGAGGUGGCGGGGCAGGAGGAGAUUCUGUGUGUGACUAAGGAGGACCUGGUGGCCUACCUGUCUAAUGACAGCCUCACCACCAAGGCUGAGGAACUGGUCUACGAGACCGCCAUCAAGUGGAUCAAACAAGACCCCACCGCCAGAGUUCAGCAUGUAUCAGAGUUGUUAGCGGUGGUGCGUCUUCCCUUCAUCCACCCGUCUUACCUGCUGAACGUUGUGGACAACGAGGACUUAAUAAAGACGUCGGAGGCGUGUCGCGACCUGGUCAACGAGGCCAAGAGAUAUCACAUGUUACCUCACGCCAGACAGGAGAUGCAGACUCCUAGGACACGACCACGGCUAUCUGCAGGUGUGGCGGAGGUGAUAGUGUUAAUAGGUGGUCGUCAGGCCAUCAGUAUGAACCAACGGUCUCUGACGGCGGUGACAUGUUUUAACCCUCAGAACAGUAAGUGGUUCCCGUUGGCCAGCCUGCCCUUCUACGACAGAGAGUUCUUCAGCGUCAUCUCAGCUGGGGACAACAUCUACCUGUCAGGUGGGACAGAGUCGGGUGUAAUGGUAGCUGACGUGUGGUGCUACAUGUCUCUAUUGGACAACUGGAACCUGAUGUCCCGUAUGACGGUGCCUCGCUGCAGACACAACAGUCUGGUCUACGAUGGGAAACUCUAUACCAUCGGAGGGCUGGGCGUGUCAGGAAACCUGGACCACGUAGAGAGGUACGACACCAUAACCAACCAGUGGGCGAUGGUGUCUCCGCUCCCCAAGCCGGUGCACUCUGCAGCAGCCACAGUGUGUGGGGGGAAGGUGUAUGUGUUUGGAGGGGUGAACGAGGCAGGCCGAUCUGCAGGAGUACUACAAUCAUACGUCCCUCAGGCCAACUCCUGGAGCUUCAUAGAGUCACCCAUGAUAGAUAAUAAGUAUGCCCCGGCGGUCACUCUGAACGGAUACAUCUUUAUUCUGGGAGGAGCCUACGCCCGGGCCACCACCAUCUAUGACCCAGACAAGGGAAACAUCAAAGCCGGACCUAAUAUGAACCACUCACGACAGUUCUGCAGUGCGGUGAUCCUGGAUGGUAAGAUCUACGCGACGGGGGGCAUCGUGAGCAGCGAGGGUCCUGCGCUGGGCAACAUGGAGACCUUUGACCCCCACACUAACAACUGGACGCUCCUCCAAUCGCUGCCCUGCCCUCUCUUCAGACACGGCUGUGUCGUCAUCAAGAAGUACAUCCAGAGUGGCUGAGACCGGUUUCGAAUUGGCUCAGGGAUGAAUGAGUUUCCCGAAAGCUAGCCAAUGUGGCAGUUUAAUUUCUCUUGACCAUCCAGACCCACGGCACUCGUAGAACAGCAAAGUGCUUCAUUUAGCUAAUUUCGUUCACUUCACCCACAGAACUGUCAAAUAUAGAUUUGACAAUUAUUGUUUAUUCUCUCUGCUGUGGAGCUGGGUUGUUUAGAGAAACAAAGUGCCACGUUAGCAAUGAAGCUUUUGGGAAACUCACCCCUGACCGGUUUGGUCUGGUUGGGACAGGACACUCUGUGCAGCUUUUGGGGUCAAUCUGUCAGCACUGCUGGACUGGACUAUCCAACUACAACACCCCCAGGACUUGAUGCCAGCAUUGUUGUCUUAACCCCAUCCCACCUCUCCAACCCCCCUGUGCAGAAUGUAGACGUCUUAUCUUGAACCACUCUGCCAUGUUAGGAACUGGUGCCUAAGCUACUGUAUGUAUUAUAAAGCGUAGCUUAAAGGGAUAUGUCUGGAUUUGGGGAUUUGGGCCCUUUAUCUACUUCCCCAGAGUCAGAUGAACUUGUGGAUACCAUUUUUAUGUUUCUGUGUUCAGUUUGAAGGAAUUUGGAGGCAGUUGCACUAAUGCUAGUUAACCAACUAGCUCUAACUUCCUUCAUACUCAACACAGAAACAUAAAAAUGGUAUCUACAAGUUCAUCUGACUCUGGGGAAGUAGAUAAAGGGCCUCACUGCCAAAAUCCCGAAGUAUCCCUUUAACCCUCUCAUUAUAUAGGCACAGGGCCACUCCAGGCUAAAGCUCCUUGGUUUGUAGUUCCCAGCUUCUUGCUAACUAGUCUUUGGUUUGAUACAUAGUUAUUUUAGUUCCGGCCCUUCUUUGUGUUCCUGACUCAAGUAUAUUAAAAGCCAUCCCAGUC